UUGGUCAGCACAAUGUGCAAGUUCCCGCCAUCUUCUGAGUGAAUUUUCUUCUAGUUUUGCUGACAGUGGAACAUUAUUAUACAAGCCUUGCCCAGAGACAUCUUAUAAAAAAUGUGGCAGAAUCAAGGAGGAGGCUUCAACCAAAGUGGCUAUGGAGACCAAGGUGGGGGAGGGGGGUACAUGUCCCCAGGGGGGUUUGGUACCCCUCAGCAGUCACAAGAGAGGAAGAGUCGGACCCGAGCCCAGAACAUCAUGCCCAGCACCGUGGCCCAGGUCCUCAACGCUGACCAGACUGACGACAAGUUCUACCAGGGAGAUGUGGAGCUGUCACAGGUAACGAUCGUGGGCUUGGUGCGGACAGUGAAAGAGUCUCCGACACGAAUUGAUUAUGAGAUUGAUGACAUGACUGGCCCUCCUCUGGAAGUUAAACAGUUUGUGGACAAUGAUGAGAACCUGCCUGAGGAAGAGCGGGUGCAGGCGAUGAGGGAGAACACCUAUGUCCGUGUGUACGGCCAUCUCCGCUCCUUCGCUGGCAAACGCAGUGUCGUGACCUUCAAGAUGACCCCCCUGACUGACAUGAAUGAGCUGAGCUGUCACAUGCUGGAGGUCAUCCACUCACACGUCACUUUGUCCAGUGGUCAGGGUGCUGGAGGUGGUGCGAUGGCGUCGGUCAACAGUGGUGCUGGCUUCAGUGACGUGGGCAGCGGUGGCGGCGGCAGCAGCACUAUUCCUGGACUUUCCCCACUACAGUCACAGAUUCAGCUGAUCAUAAAGAACCACCCAUCUGACACUGGGGCCAGCAUUGAUGCCGUGUGCAAACAACUCCGCAAUGUGCCAGAGCAGCAGAUCAGAGAAGCGGUUGACUUCCUGAGUGGCGAGGGGCACAUCUACUCCACAAUAGACGAGGACCAUUACAAGGCCACAGAUGGUUGACCUCAUUCAGUGCUGGAUCUCACCAUUGUGUAGCCUGUGACAAACAAUGCUAGAAGGUCAGGUCUGGACAUUGGAGGGAAGUUGUGAGCAUGUGUUUACCUCCAGAAAAGAAGGGAUGUAUUGGUGUGGAACAUCUACCCCUGUCCAGUACACCACAGCUGUAAUUAUGUAUAUACACUGACAACAUUAAAUGUAAAAUAACUCA